UCGGGCUGCGGCUCCUCCCGGGGGCUGGUUCCCGCUGUCUCUGCCGCGGUGCGGAGGGGACACCGGCGUGACUGACGGACCGGCUGCCCGCGCCGGGAGCCGCCGCGUCCAGUCCGGUCCGCCUGGCCGGGCACCCGGGACCGAGUCCGUCCUCCGCGCCCCUCGCGCUGCGCCCCCGGCUCUCGCCCCUCGCUCUUCGCCCGGGGAAGAGGCGCUCUGGCCCUUCCCGGGCGGCGCCGCAGCCACAGCGCGCUCCCAGAAACAGGACUGAAAACAGAGUGAAACAGCUUUUCACAGUUAAGGAAUUGCUAAGAAGACAACAUGGGGACUCCUGGUUCUGGAAGGAAAAGGACACCUAUGAAAGAUCGAUUUUCUGCAGAAGAUGAAGCUUUGAGUAACAUUGCCAGAGAGGCAGAGGCAAGGCUAGCCGCAAAACGGGCUGCUCGGGCAGAAGCAAGAGAUAUACGCAUGAGAGAACUGGAACGACAACAAAAAGAGCACUCUCAUCAUUCCUUUGAUCGAAAAUGGGGACAGAUUCAUAAGUGGCUGGAAGAUUCAGAAAGGGCUAGGUAUUCCCACCGGUCCAGUCAUCAUCGUCCUUAUCUGGGAGUUGAGGAUGCAUUGUCCAUUCGAAGUCUUGGCAGUCACAGGUAUGAUGCGCUCAAGGAUAAAUCUUCAAGACUUUCAUCAUUAAAUCAUUCUUACAGUCACUCUUAUGGAACAAAGAAGAGAUCAUCUGGUUCUCAUAAAGACCCACUGAGUGGCCUCUACUUUGACCAGAGAAACUAUAGCAGUCUUAGACAUAGCAAACCUACCUAUGCCUACUACACUCGGCAGUCUUCUUCCCUGUACAGUGACCCUAUGGCAACAUCUAAGAGUCACAGGGCUUCCCCUCCUACAAAUUCUGGUCUGUCCAGAAGUGCCAGUCUGGCAUCAUUGUAUGAUGGUGGAUUAUAUAGCCCUUAUGAUUCUCGAACCCCAUCAGAAUACAGUUAUUACUCAUCAAGAACAAGUUCAGCCCGAAGCAGUCCUGUGCUUACCGACAAUGACACUGCAAGCAUUGCGUCUUCUGGUCAUGCCUGUCGUCAGCAGAGGGAGAGCAUGGUUUCUGCUGCUGAUUAUUUCAGUCGCUGCACUCGUAGGGGGAGUAUUGUCUCUGAGUUGGAUGACGUCAGCAUCCCAGAUUUGACCAGUUUGGAUGAAAAAUCUGACAAACAGUAUGCUGAAAAUUAUACAAGGCCUUCAUCUCGAAACUCCGUCUCAGCAACAACCCCUCUAAGUGGAAAUUCGUCCCGACGGGGAAGUGGGGACACCAGCAGCUUAAUAGAUCCAGACACCUCAUUAAGUGAAUUGCGGGAUAUCUAUGACCUUAAGGACCAGAUACAGGAUGUAGAAGGGAGAUACAUGCAGGGACUUAAAGAACUAAAGGAGUCUUUGUCAGAAGUAGAAGAAAAAUACAAGAAAGCCAUGGUUUCCAAUGCACAAUUAGACAAUGAGAAGAACAAUUUGAUCUACCAAGUAGAUACCCUCAAGGAUGUUAUUGAAGAACAGGAAGAACAGAUGGCAGAAUUUUAUAGAGAAAAUGAAGAAAAAUCAAAGGAGUUAGAAAGGCAGAAACAUAUGUGCAGUGUGCUGCAGCAUAAGAUGGAUGAACUUAAAGAAGGCCUUCGACAAAGAGAUGAGCUUAUUGAGGAGAACCAGCGCAUGCAACAGAACAUAGACACCAUGACAAAAGAGGUGUUUGACCUCCAGGAGACAAUUCUUUGGAAAGAUAAAAACAUUAGGGCCCUAGAGAAACAGAAAGAAUACAUCGCCUGCCUUAGGAAUGAGCGAGACUCGCUCAGAGAGGAGCUGGCUGACCUGAAGGACACAGUGAAGACAGGAGAGAAGCAUGGCUUAGUUAUAAUCCCUGAUGGCACGCCCAAUGGUGACGUCAGUCAUGAGCCUGUGGUCGGAGCCAUCACUGUCGUGUCCCAGGAAGCCGCUCAGGUCUUGGAAUCAGCAGGAGAAGGACCGCUCGAUGUGAGGCUACGAAAACUUGCUGGAGAAAAGGAAGAGCUGCUAUCACAGGUCAGGAAGCUGAAGCUGCAGUUAGAGGAAGAACGGCAGAAGGGCUCCAGGAGUGAUGGCACAGUGGGCGACCUGGCGGGGCUGCAGAACGGUUCAGAUUUGCAGCUCAUCGAAAUGCAGAGAGAUGCCAAUAGACAAAUUAGUGAAUAUAAGUUCAAGCUUUCAAAAGCAGAACAGGAUAUAACCACCUUGGAGCAAAGUAUUAACCGGCUAGAGGGACAGGUGCUGAGAUAUAAAACUGCUGCUGAGAAUGCUGAGAAAGUUGAAGAUGAGCUGAAAGCAGAGAAAAGGAAGUUACAACGAGAGUUACGGACAGCACUGGACAAGAUCGAGGAGAUGGAAAUGACCAACAGCCACCUGGCCAAACGACUGGAGAAGAUGAAGGCCAACAGGACAGCACUUCUGGCCCAGCAGUAGGGAGGCCGUCCUUCAGCCUGGGUGCUGCUGCAGGCCACCCAGAGGGACUGACACUUGGUCCAUUGACAUGACCCCCUUUCAGUACUGUUUGAGCUUUGUCAUUAAAAUAGCCACCUUUGUAUUUUCUAAUUUAUAAGAGAAUGAAACAGGUUUGAAUCUUCUUGAAUGAACACUCUGGAUUUUGUUUGUAGUUUGAUUCUAAGCUCAGAACUGGUCUGUGCUGUUUUUAUUUUGUCCAUAAUUUAGAAUCAAGCUUACCGUUUCCCCAGCUGCCUGUGCCUGGGCACUUGGAAGCCCAGCACAGGUUCUGGAGGACAGACUCUGAGUACUCACUGAGAUUCUUGCUGGAGACCUCAAAACACAAGUGCCUUCUCCACAGGGCAGUUGAAACUUCAGUGUUGUCCAGUGGUCAAAGACAUUUACCCAUGAUAUCAGAUAGCAUAUAUAUUUUAGAAGAAACAAGUUCACGGGAGGGGAAUAUAUAUUUCACUCAAAUUUAUAUCUUUGGUGGAAAAAGACUUUUUUUGUAAAAUAUUUAAAUUUAUAUAAGAAAAAGGUAAUGGGGAAUGUAUAAAAAACUUGCUUUAUUGCAUGGGGCCUGAAGUCCAAGGUCUAAUACUCUUAAAGUAAGAGUAGGUUCCUUAGUCUUCAACAUCAACUGUGCUGUUUCCUGUAAAGUAUUUCAUCUGCUGCUUGUUUGUGGAAUGAAACCUCAGACCAGCCCAGCAGGGAGGGAGGGGCUGGGCAGGCAGUGGGCAGUCUGCCUGAAGAGUCUAUUAAACACACCCUUUUGCUGAGCACAACUGGCUGCUGACACAUUCAUUUUGCAAGAGGAGCCUUAAAAUAAAUCCUGGCAACCAUGCCCCUCCUGUCUUAUCCCUCCUCAAGAAAAAAAUAAUGGGAUAAGAACUUUUGUCUAUUAGGAAGUUUAGUUUCUUCAAAGGUACCCAGGUCAAUUUUCAUUGAGUAUAGUCACUACAGAACCUGUGGUUCCCUUUUGCUCUCAGAAUUAAGGUGUUUUUACUAUUGUUGUAUCUUUAAUGUGUUUACACAGAAAAAGUACUGGCAAAAGUCUAAUGGAUUAAGGCCAUAUAAUAAAAUUAGACUCGUGAAUAAAAUCUUUAAUAUUUAUUCCCUUUAGAGUAAUUAGAGCUUUGCU